CCCCUCUUCGAGCCUUCAGUUCGCCAUUUCACUUCCUGGCCGCCUGCCCUCCUCUCUCUCUUUAUCCAUCUAUCUAUCUAUGAGCUACGAAAUCAUUUGGCUUUUCCUUAUUGUUUCCGUUAUCCUAAUAACCCGAACUUUAUUCCUCCUUUUUAUGGCGACUCCAUUUAGAUUUUCUCUUCUUUCUGCCUCCAAUUUCUGGAUUCGCUGCUCUCACUGCGUCAAACACUCUUAAGACAUUUAUAACAUUCCAGCAUAACUUUUUCUUUUUUUCUCAAUUUUUUCACUGAAUCGCAGUGAUGGAUUCGACCAUUUACUUUCUUUCCUUUUCUCAGAUUCUUCUCAAUUAGCCAAAUUUGAUUCAUCUGUCACUCCAGUGCCUCACCACAGCUACUUAAAUCACCAGCACCUCAUCACCUUCUUCUUUGCUAAAUCUUUGCUUUUCUAACUCCUCCAUCACUCUCUUCUCUCUGUACCUCAUCUUCUAGUUCUGGAAUUUCGUGUCCAAACUCUUUCUCAAAAUGAGAAACUCUAGUUUCUUUGCCAUUUUGUUGGUGAUUCUCGUGGGAUUGGGUCCAUGGAGGAGCAUCCACUCCCUGGAAUCGAAGCAGGAGAUGAGACUUUCAGUUGCCAUGACCAUUGUUCCUCACGCUGGAUCCUUGGGAGCAGUUUGUCUUGAUGGGAGCCCCCCGGCUUACCACCUCCACCGGGGAUUCGGCGCCGGCGCCCGGAACUGGCUCCUCCAGUUCGAGGGAGGAGGAUGGUGCGACGAUGUCUCCUCGUGUUUGGAGCGAUCGAGAACCCGGCGUGGGUCCACGCGGUACAUGAACAAGCUCGAGGUCUUCUCUGGUAUCCUCAGCAACAAUCCCUCCAUGAACCCAGAUUUCUACGACUGGAAUCGCGUAAAACUUCGCUACUGUGAUGGAGCCUCCUUUGCUGGUGACUCAGUUAACCACAAUGGUACAACUGUUCUUUACUUCAGAGGGCAAAGGAUCUGGGAUGCUAUCAUUCUUGACCUUCUUCCGAAAGGGCUGUCCCAGGCACAAAAGGUGCUGCUUUCAGGAUGCUCUGCAGGGGGCUUGGCUACUUUCCUUCACUGUGAUGAUCUUGCUCGUCUUCUUCCUAAGGCGACAACUGUGAAAUGCAUGAGUGAUGCAGGAUUUUUCCUUGACGUGAAAGAUAUAUCCGGCAAAAACACUAUAAGGUCAUUCUUUAGUAGCUUAGUUACUCUACAGGGGGUACAAAAAUAUCUAAACAGAAACUGUGCAGGUUCUCUUGAUUAUCCCUAUCAGUGUUUCUUUCCCCAGCAUGCAUUAACAUACAUCAGAUCACCAUAUUUUAUCUUGAAUUCAGCAUAUGAUGUAUACCAGUUUCAUCAUAUAUUUGUGCCACCUUCCGCUGAUCCAUAUGGUCAUUGGAACCGAUGCAAAUCAAAUCCAGCAGCUUGCACUGCAAAUCAGAUAGCUAUUCUACAAGGUUUCAGAUCUGAAAUUCUCACGGCAUUAAGAUUGUUUGGUGGCUCAAGAAAUGGUGGGAUGUUUAUAAAUUCUUGUUUUGCUCAUUGCCAGAGUGAACUGCAGGACACAUGGAUUGCUUGGAAUUCUCCCAGAUUGCACAAUAAGACUAUUGCAGAGGUUGUUGGUGAUUGGUACUUUGAAAGGAAGGUAGCCAAGGAAAUUGACUGCCCAUAUCCUUGUGACCACACCUGUCAUAACCACAUACCAUCAAGUCAGGCAUACGAAUGGCGCCUCAAAGAAUUCAAAUAUGUGGACCUUCAAAGGAUACCUUAGAUUACUCAAAACAUAAGGCAGUACUUUCAAUUACAAUCCAAGGUAUUGGAGGAGUUAUAAGUGUUUUUUUGGCAAAAAAAGUUGGUUCUUGGAAACUUCACCAGUUAAGCACCUUUGUUUCUAUCAUGGAGUUUGGAAGCUCUUGACUAAGAAUAAGUGUGGAGAGCAUACAUCAAUAAACUUACUUCAAUAUACAUCUAUCAAGUUGACAAGAGUUACUGCUUCCUUCUCAAUAACAAAUCCAGAAAAAGAACGUGCACUAAAUCUGCAAACAUAGGGAGGUUUACCUGUUUACGUUUAUCUUUUAUUCAGAAAAAGAUUGGACAUGUGCCUGUAUUUAUUUAUUCAUUUUGAUUAAUAUCCAGGUUUUUUUAUUCACACACUAUUAUCUUGCCAGCUACAGUAACUAUAUCUGUCAUCAUGGUUGUUGCAAGUGCACUAAUGAUAUCAUGAUGGUUGUUAGUCUCAAGCAUUCAAAAGUAUACCUUGUAAGUUGUCAAUGUUUCUCCUAAGUUUCCUUUUUCUGAGAAAAGGGAGGGGGUUAACCCCCACCAGCCACCCUGCUGUAGGCGGGUCUAACCCAGGUCAUUGGGUAUGAGAUCCCAACAACUUCACCAACUGUACUCCUUGGCACCCACAAGUUUGGUUUUCAGAACAUGUGAGCAAAAUGUGUAAGGUUGGUUCCUUGGGAAUUAUAAGGGGAAAAGCAAGCACUUCAUGGUUUAUCAUUUCUAUCAUCAUAUGCUCACAGGUAAAAGCAAUCUUGAGUUUUUACCACAAGCCACCAAUAGUUAAAUUUUUUUGUCACUAACGAUAGUUAGCGUUAUUUUAUCACUUACGGGAGAACAUUACAAGAAGUAACCUAAUGAUCUGUCAAAUUAGUUGCUAUUAUCAAGAACAAGUUUAUAUUGUUUACUUGUAUGACAUUAUAAUUGGCUUGCUGAAUCUAACUAUGGAUUGCUUGAUUGACUGGUGGCAACCAGGGAGGUAAUUAAACACCAUCUUGAGUGGAUCUAAAAUAUUGACAUCAUUGGAAUUUAACCAUGACCAAGGCAAACAUAUAAUUGCUACAGUAUUCUUGGAUAAAGAGAUUACAAUGGAAGUGGUUGUAUGGAAGUUAUUUGAUGAAUUGCACGUAUCUAUGCUUACUACUAAUUUAGAUUUCUACUCUUUUCCUUCCAGGAAGAUGGCAUUUAUGUCCCCCUUCAUUGCUGUAUCAUCAUUAGUUUAUUGCUAAUAACAUGCAUGGUGUUGCCCUCCUCGUCCAUCUGAGAAAGAAACCUGUUAAUUGUUUUGAAUAUAUCAAUGGAAGAAACUAGGUGGCAUGAACAAUGGAGGCUGUCCAGAAUUUACUAAAGCAGGAAAUAUGGAAAGAGAUCAAUUUUUUUCAAGCAAACGCUCACUCAGGAGUGUGUACUAAAUAUCGUGUUCUUCCAAUUUUGAUCGUUGAUUGCUCAAUAGAAGGGCGAUAAGAAAAGGAUCAUAUGUAUUAAUAAAAGCAGAAGCGUCGACAUUUUGUUCUUUUAAUGAAAAGCUUGCGGGGGUUCUUCUCCCCAAGAAGCAAAAGUCUUUAUGGCUUGAGAAUAAUAUUUGGUUGAGUUUGUAUAUAUUUUUGAACAACUUUGAAUUUAUAUAUUUGAUGCUACACUUGAAAUCAAUGAAAAGUUGAAAGGCAUAGAUCAAUUAACUAGUU